GCAAAAUCCGAGCAUCUCCGACGAGUCCGCCAUAUUUAAACACACCCACGAGCGGCAACCCACCGCGAGAGACAAAAAUAUCUCCAUCGCGAUCUCCAUGGAUGUAGAGUUCUUCGCCGACCUCGACCUCGACGCGCUCCUCGCCUCCUUCUCCUCCUCCGCCGCCGCCGCCGGCUCCGGCGUCUCGGGCCUCUUCGCCCCGUCACCGCCGCACGAUGCGGAGGCGGGGUCGCCGGAGUCGGUGAGCUCCCGGCGGCCCAGCCCUUCCCGGGAGGCGGCGCUGUCGGAGAUCGAGAGGUUCCUGAUGGAGGAGGGCCCCGCGGCGGAGGAGGGGGUCGGCGCGGAGGAUUUCUUCGACGCGCUGCUCGUCGACGGCGGGGAGGAGGAGGAGGAAGAAGAGGGGAAGGGGAGUGAGGCGGGGGGAAGCACGGAUGGGGAUUCCGGGAAGGAGAAUGAGGUGGCUACCCCGGACGCGGAGAAGGAGGAUGUGGAGGCGGAGGUGGAUGGCGAUGAUCCCAUGAGCAAGAAGAAGAGGAGGCAGAUGAGAAAUAGGGAUUCUGCCAUGAAAUCGAGGGAGAGGAAGAAGAUGUAUGUUAAGGACCUAGAGACUAAGAGCAAGUAUCUAGAGGCCGAGUGUCGUCGCCUCAGCUACGCGCUUCAGUGCUGCGCAGCUGAGAACAUGGCGCUGCGCCAGAGCUUGUUGAAGGAUAGGCCUGUCGGUGCCGCCACAGCCAUGCAGGAGUCUGCCGUACUCACGGAAACCCUGCCGCUGGUUUCCCUGCUUUGGCUCGUGAGCAUCGUGUGCCUACUCCCGGUGCCCGGUCUACCCAACCGAAACCCGGUGGCUCGAAGCAGCGCCGGAAGAGAUCUCGCGACGGUAACCGGAAAGAAGACAAGCAGUGAACAACAGCUAGAAGAAACAUUACUACUCCAUGGGAGGCGUUGCAAGGGCUCGAGGGCGAGGAUCAAGCUAGAUACCGGACCGUUCCGUUUAGCAGCAGCUGCUUGCUAGGCUGCCGCUUCCUUGCAAAGUUGUUUCCAGUCUGUAUUGUAGCUAGCAAAUCAAAUUGGCGUGUCUAUCGCCUGUCGUGCUGCCGCUUAUCCAUGGACUAUCUUUUUCUUUUUUUGGUUCCUUCCCCCCUUGUUUUUAUAAUAUCCUCCUAUGCAUAAUGCAUUAUCCAGGUAGUUUUGAAAUCUGGCUUUGUUGAGUUGUUUGCUGGCUUCUCAUCUUGUCGGAAGAUUUACAGUUGCUCCUACACUCCUACUUGCCAGGCUCUCUGGAAGUGUAUGGCAGUAAAAAACAGAUAUAUUGUUCCUCA